UUCGAAAUAAAUAUCCAAAGCCUCCACCCAACUCAACCACAGAAAACUAAGCCCAUGGCCAUGGAGGAGUUCUCAGCUAAACCACACUCUCAGAAUUCAAACAUCUAACCUUCACAUAUCCACCAUAGCAGAUAUCAUCUUACCACUUCCAGAGCACUACACUCUUGUCUCUUUCCCCCCACCUCAAGUCAUACAUACAUAGAGGUUAGUACAUGCCAGUUUGUAUAUAUCUGCGUUUCUUUUGCUUUUUUUUCUCACAAGCAAUUCAACAGUCACCAGACAUGCACAAACCAAUUCAUUUAUGAUUUAUAAGACGUACCCUCUUUUGGUCACUCCUUUGUUUAUGGUAACAACUCCUUCAUGGCUGAGUUAAUCCUCUGUUCUUCUAGUGUUUGCUGUAGUAGUAUCACUUAUAGUUGUGCUCUCACUGAUAGUAAAGUAUAUGGUUUAAGCCACAAUGGGUUAGUAGGUGGAAGAAAUUGUAGAACUUUAAAGGUUUUUCCAUUUGGGUCUGUGGUGAAAUGGAAGAAGCAUAGGAAAAAACUAGUGAGUUUUUGUGGGUUUGUGAUGAAAAGUCCAAAUGGGGUGGGGGUGGCGAAGGCAAAGUCAAGAAAUUCAGUGUCUUCUGAGGAAGUUAUUGGCGUUUUAAAGUCGAUUUCGGACCCGAAUUGUGCUUUGUCUUACUUUAAGUCUAUUGCACAGUUGCCCAGUGUUGUGCACACCACUGAAACGUGUAAUUUGAUGCUUGAAGUCUUGAGGGUUCACAGGAGGGUGGAAGAUAUGGCUUUUGUGUUUGAUUUGAUGCAAAAGCAAAUCAUAUACAGGAAUUUGACAACCUAUUUGACUAUUUUUAAAGGCCUUUACAUAAGAGGUGGGAUUCGGCAAGCACCAAUUGCACUAGAAAAGAUGCAAAAAGCUGGCUUUGUUCUAAAUGCAUAUUCAUAUAAUGGGUUAAUCUAUUUGCUACUUCAAUCUGGGCUUUGUAGGGAGGCUUUGGAGGUUUAUAGAAGAGCAGUCUCUGAAGGAAAUAAGCCUAGUUUGAAGACUUACUCGGCGCUUAUGGUGGCAUUGGGGAAGAGAAGGGAUAUUGAAACCAUAAUGGAUUUGUUAAAAGAGAUGGAAAGUUUGGGGUUGAGACCAAAUAUAUACACGUUCACUAUAUGCAUUAGAGCACUUGGAAGGGCUGGGAAAUUUGAUGAAGUGUAUGCAAUUCUUAAGAGAAUGGAUGAUGAGGGAUGUGGACCUGAUGUUGUUACUUACACAGUUAUCCUAGAUGCUCUUUGUAAUGCAGGGAAACUCGAUAAUGCCAAGCAAUUAUUUGCAAAGAUGAAAGCUACCCGUCAUAAGCCUGACCGAGUAACCUACAUUACUUUGCUGAACAAGUUUAGUGACUCCGGAGACUUCGAAACAUUUAAAGAAAUUUGGAGUGAAAUGGAAGUGGAUGGUUAUGCUCCUGAUGUUGUUACUUUUACCAUAUUUGUUGAUGCCUUAUGCAAAGCUGGGAAUGUUGACAAAGCAUUUAGCAUAUUGGAUGUUAUGAAGAAGCAAGGGAUCUCACCAAAUCUUCAUACCUAUAAUACUUUGAUUUGUGGACUUUUAAGGGUAAGUAGGUUGGAUGAGGCAUUGAAGCUUUUCAGUGAUAUGGGAUCUUUGGGAGUUGAACCUACUGCUUAUACAUAUAUCCUUUUCAUUGACUACUAUGGAAAGUCAGGUGAUCCUGCCAAAGCUUUUCAAACCUUUCAGGAAAUGAAAAUUCGAGGAAUUGUUCCUAAUGUUGUUGCUUGUAAUGCAUCUUUAUACAGCCUUGCUGAAAUGGGUAGGCUUGGAGAAGCAACAGAAAUAUUUAAUGGGCUUAAAAAUAGUGGGAUUGCUCCAGAUUCAGUAACUUAUAACAUGAUGAUGAAGUGCCACAGUAAGCUGGGCCAAGUAGAUGAAGCCAUUAAAUUACUCUCUGAGAUGAUGGAAAACGAAUGUGAACCAGAUGUUAUUGUAAUUAAUUCUUUGAUUGACACACUUUACAAGGCUGAUCGGGUUGAGGAAGCAUGGCAAAUGUUUUGCAGAAUAAAGGACAUGAAGCUUGCUCCUACAGUUGUGACCUACAAUACAUUAUUAGAUGGGCUAGGGAAGAAGGGUGAAGUCCAAAAAGCCAUCGAGUUGUUUGAGAGCAUGACUAGGCAUGGGUGUCCUCCAAACACGAUAACUUUCAACAUACUCAUGGAUUGUCUUGGCAAGAAUGAAGAGGUUGAUUUGGCCUUGAAAAUGCAUUUUGAGAUGACAACAAGGGACUGUGUUCCUGAUGUUUUGACCUACAACACUAUCAUUUAUGGCUUGAUAAAAGAAAAUAGAGUUAAUGAUGCAUUUUGGUUCUUUCAUCAAAUGAAGAAAUUUCUGUAUCCUGAUCAUGUGACUUUGUGCACCCUCCUUCCUGGAGUUGUAAAGGAUGGGCGGAUUGAGGAUGCCUUCAAGAUUGUCGAGGACUUUGUAUAUCAUGUUGGGGUUCAAACAGACAGGCCUUUUUGGGAAGAUUUAGUGGGAGGUCUUUUGACUGAAGCUGAAUUAGAUAAAGCCAUAUUAUUUGCUGAAAGAUUGGUGUGCAAUGGGAUUUGCCAAGAUGACUCAGUAUUGAUACCUUUUGUAGUGUUUUUGUGCAAGCGUAAGAAAGCCCUUGAUGCCCACAAUUUGUUUGUGAAAUUUACCAAAAAUCUGGGAGUUAACCCAACACUAGAAGCAUAUAACUGUUUGAUUGAUGGGCUUCUUGAAAUCCAUUGUACUGGAAAAGCUUGGGAUCUUUUUAAGGAGAUGAAGAAUAGUGGUUGUGCCCCAGAUGUUUUCACAUACAACUUGUUGCUUAAUGCUCAUGGAAAAGCUGGGAAGAUCAACGAACUUUUUGACCUGUACAAAGAGAUGCAUUGUAGGGGAUGCAAGCCUAACACCAUCACUCAUAAUAUUGCAAUCUCUGGUCUUGUGAAAUCUAAUAGUUUAGAUAAGGCUAUGGAUUUAUACUAUGAUCUCAUAAGUGGUGAUUUUUCUCCCACACCUUUUACAUAUGGUCCUCUCCUGGAUGGACUUUUGAAGUCAGGGAGACUGGAGGAAGCAAUGCGGUUCUUUGAAGAGAUGCUGGAUUAUGGAUGCAAACCUAAUUGUGCUAUUUACAAUGUUCUUAUAAAUGGAUUUGGGAAGACUGGUGACUUGGAAACUGCCUGUAAGUUGUUCAAAAGGAUGAUCAAAGAAGGUAUAAGACCGGACUUGAAGUCUUACACUAUUCUUGUGGAUUGCCUGUGCAUGGCAAGGAGAGUUGAUGAUGCCUUGCAUUACUUUGAGGAACUAAAGUUUUCUGGCAUUGAUCCUGACUUGGUCUCUUACAAUCUUAUAAUUGAUGGACUUGGAAGAUCACAGAGGUUAGAGGAAGCUCUCUCUCUUUUCAAUGAAAUGCGAAAUAAGGGCAUUACUCCUGAUCUUUACACUUAUAAUUCAUUAAUCUUCAAUCUUGGGAUUGUUGGAAUGGUGGAGCAAGCUGGGAAUAUGUAUGAAGAACUACAACUUAUAGGUCUUGAACCUGAUGUGUUCACCCAUAAUGCUCUCAUUCGAGGAUACUGUACGUCAGGAAACCCAGACCGUGCCUAUGCAGUCUACAAGAAAAUGAUGGUUCGGGGCUGCAGCCCUAACAAGGGAACAUUUGCACAGCUUCCUAAUUAGUCUUGACUUUAUUGAGAUACUCAUGGGGCCACUCAACUGUAUAUGUUUGGUGAUCUCUGUACUUGAGGAAUACCAGUGAUGCUUUACCCUAACAGCAGUAAAUGGGUUUGGUCAGUACCAACUGACAAUGAAUGUUGUGGAAACAACUUUGUCCUGCUAUUAGAUGUAUCUGCAAGGUUGGUGAUACUGAGAAAUCUCUGGCUUAGUUGUUAAAUUUGUGCCAAUGGACUCUCUUUGAUUGGUCUCAAUGUUGGGGUCUCUUGGAUUGUUUUGUUCUUAUGGAUUUUCUUUUGUCUCUUGGAAUAGUUUAGUGAUUGUUUGUUCCUAUUUGUUUCUGUUUGCUCCUUGUUCAGUAUCGUGAACUCUGUGUAUCUUUCCUUCUAUUCAUUUUUUAAUAAUAUUUUCUUUCUUACCUAUCAAAAAAAAAAAAAAAAAAAAAGAGUGUUUCAUAUCACUUGAGAAAUUAUUUGCGCUUAAACAAAGUUUGUUCCCCGGAGCACCGCAUCACUCUAGUCCAAUGGUCCUCUCAACCAAUAAGAAGCCUUCAUCUGUGCUUAAAUUUCUGAGUCAGAUCCUAAUAAAGCAUGACAAGGAAAAUCCAAUUCUGUUUAACACCGUUGGAAUGAAUGUUUGAGCAUUUUCAGAAUAGCUCGGAAAAAUUUUAAUCUCAAAAUUCAAAUCCAAAGUUCAAAUCUGUCUCUGUCGGAGUGUCAGAUCACCCUCUUCUCCAAAUGAUUCCUAAUUCUCUCACAUCCAAAAUUUCAAAUCAAACCCAGCAACCCAAGCAUGAGUUCCACAAGGUCAGUCAAAGUAGCCGAGACAAGCCCAAGCUUUCAAGUCCAUCUCCAGUUUUUGAGCAUAUCAGUAUGGCACUCCCAUUUACUGAGGCACAUCAAAGAUGGGAAUGGGAGCACUCUAAGUAUGAUAGGGGUCAUCCAAUGCCAUGAUAAUGUGCCUGUGAUUAUUCAACCAGUAGAGCCUAUCUCAACAGGCUUCCAGUGGAUAAAUUGUCUCUUCCCUACCUAUGCUGCAGGACAAAUUUUGACGUGGGAUGAUAAUCAAUAUCUGAUAUGGUUCUGGUUGCAUUUCAUUGAAUGUUUUUAUGAUGUUCCAAGUAAAAUAUUUGGAGGACAGAACCGAAAAGAAUAUGCUACACUGCCUGGUCACUCUGUUUUUUCAUGUCCAAAGUUUAAGUUGCGAAGUAUGAAGCUGAAGAUUGUCUUGGAAGAGAUGUAGAGAAUGGAUCUGAAGAUUGUGUAAUAAUCAAUAAACUCUACCUGGAGGUUAAGAUUCCAUAAGGAUUCUAAUUGCUAAUGGAGAUGAUGGGGAAAAAUGAUUUCCACUAGCAAGAAGCUAGAAGAUGUGUUGUGAGGAAGUAGCACAUUUUGAUUUUUGCUAAUGUCAUAUGUAAAUAAGUAAAUUCAAUUUCCCUAAGUAGUUCAGAAAAGUUUGUUACUCCCAAUUCUGGCUUGGAAUGUAGAAUUAUGAGUAUUAUGUUUUAAUAUUUGGCUAUAUUUGUUUGUUUAUAGAGAUCC